GAUACGGCUGAACAGAACUCUCUACAGCCCCUCUUUGCUCAAGGAUUUCUUGGGCACCAGUCUCGCCGCCCCGUGCAUGCAGGCGGCGGCUGGCUGGGUUCUUGGGAUCCUCGCGUCCCGCUGGUCCGCGCCGGCGCCGCCCGCGGACCCGUCCUGCACCUGCGUCUUCAGCGGGCACGAGCCGAGCUCGGGCGUGCUGGACAUCCUCCGGGAGCAGCUCUCGCGCUGCGGCCCGGAGCACCUCGGGGCGGCCUGCCCCGCGUGCCCGGCCUGCGUCUGUCCGCAGUGCCCGGCCCCAGCGGCUCCGUGCGGGGCCUGGGCGCUCGCGGUCCUCGUCGGGCUCGCGAGCUUCGCCGCCGGCGUGGCCGCUGCGGCCGCCUGGCUGCUUCGGGCGGGGGCGCCUCGCGCCGUCCUGCCGCCGCUGGCCCUCGCGGAGGGCCCUGCUGGGGAGCGCGCGGGUGCGGCGACGGCGCUUGACGUGCCCUACGCCCAGUGCCUGGUGCGGUACGACGACGACGAGAACUUCCAGUGGCACCACAGGGUCCUCCUCGUCAAAGGGCCGGACCAAUGGUGGGUCUGGGUCACGCCCGACGGGGAGAUUGCGGCGGCCAACCUGGGUGGCUUGCGCGUGUGCGCCCUCCAGCGGGGGGGCGCCUUCCCCGACCGCCACCGGGGCAACAUGUACGUCUUCGACGAUGCCGACGUGGACGCCGCAGAGAUGCAUCAGUACUACCGCGAGGCGCGGGCGCUGGGGGACAUCCUCGGGUACCCUGCCUCGGCCGCCCCCCUCGCCGGGGACGAGCGCUGGUUCGUCUCGGACCCGACCUCGCUCCACUACGGGGAGGAGGUGCCCGCGGCCGCCAUGGGCAACGACGAGCUGCUCAUCCGCCGGGGCGAGGUGGGCCUUGUGCUCAUCGACGAUGUGUGGCAGACAGCGGUGCGGGUCGAGGCCGGCGGCUCCUUCGAGGAGUGGCAGGCUCGGGCUCGUGGAGGGCCUGGUCGCGACCCGCGCAUUGCCGGCGACGAGCGGGACGAGGAGAAGGACCGCUUCAUGAGCUUCCGCACCUCGGUCUCGAAGAUGCGCGAGCAGGCCGUCCCUGGGUGGCCCCUCAAGGGGAAACGGGCUACGCGCGAGGCUUGCCUCGCUCUUCGGGAUGCCGGACAGGAGGGUUGGGACGAACACCACACGACGUGGGUCAGGAGGUCCGGCAUCCCGGAGAAGAGCAACACCGCCCGCGAGCACCGGAUGCUCUGCUCGGUGCUCCGCAUCAUGCAGCAGUUCGACCAGCUCGACCUCUACAACGUGGCGGGAGUGGAGUACAUGGUGCGCCGCUUGAAGCAGCUCGAGGCCGCCACCAGGCGGAACCCGAGGCAGCCCGACUUCGACGGGCUCGACGUGGUGCUGGACGCCGCCAUCGACGAGUCCGGCGGCUUCGUGCCCCCGGCCUUCGACGCCUGGGUCGGCGAGCAGCAGCGGUCCGAGGCGGCCAUCAUGAAGGCGGGGAGGCAGUGGCGGGAGGAGACUUCGGCGGGCGGCUCGAAGGACAAGCCGCCGAAGCAUCCCAAGAAGGAGGGCAGUGGGUAG